AUGGAAGAUCGGUUGACACUGCAAUCUCAGCUAUUAGGAAAAGACCGACAGCUAAAUGGGCUUCAUCAAAAGCUCCUCGCCUCGGGCUUCGCAUCGCACACACCCUGUACUACAGUUAUUCAUGCCCUGUUUUAUUCUAGCCUGGGGACCCAGGAGAUCAAAAUAACCUCUUCAAUGCGGGAUGACCCGUACCCCCAGUUUAUCGUCCUGGUACUAAACAUCAUCGAGGAUUUUCAGCCUCAAUCAUAUCAAAAGAAUCCCAUGCCACUCUGA